AUGAUUUCGCACUCGCCGGAACGAGUAACGCGAGCGAGUGUGUCCGAUGACCCACGAGAGGAUACCAACGAGCAUGCCGUCGAUGCGCUUCAACAACUGCGCAUGCCACCACCGCCAAUGGACCCGACCAAUAUUGAGGGUUAUUUCCUAACCCUGAAGUAUUGGUUCAUAGCGAACGGAAUUUCGGCAGCGCAGGACAAGGCGCGUUAUAAUUAUGUGAUGGCGCAAAUUCCACCGAACACACUCCUCGAACUCCAGUCGAAACUGGAAGACGUCCCGAGGACCGGACAAUAUGCGCACGUGCGCAAGGUGCUAUUGGAGCACCACUCCGAUUCUCAGCAACGCCGCCUUCAACGGGUCUUGGCUGAGAUGACGCUCGGGGACCAAAAACCCUCGCAACUUUACAACGAGAUGCGCCGCGUGGCGAACGACACGAUCUCGGAACUAGCGUUGGUAGGCUUGUGGACUGCCAGACUUCCAACGAACGUUCGCGACAUCGUAGUCGCCAAUCGGGGCCCUGUAUCGGAGAAAACCGCCGUCGCGGACGCUGUGAUGGAGAGUCAACGCUGGCAACCGAUUAACGUGAUCGAAUCGAACCAACAAGGCCAGCCUACGCCGACACCGACAUUUUCGCUAACGACUGCUCCAGCGCACGCCGCACAACCGACCAACGAACAGCUUAUGCGGGAGAUUCGACUCCUGCAUCUGCACAUGACGGAGCUUAAGCAACAAGUCAAGCGCUUGAGCUUAGAUUUCCAUACGCGCUCCUCGUCAUGCAACAGCCGGGACAGUGAUAAAACCAACCUGCAGCCAACGAGUGUUGCACUCAUCGCCGCCAACGGAACGCGAAUUCCCGUACACGGCGAAGCCGUUAUAAACGUCAACCUCGGCCUGCGGCGGAAUUUUCUUUGGACGUUCGUCAUAGCGGACGUUACCACCGCCAUCAUCGGAUCAGAUUUUCUCGCUCAUCACGACCUCUUAAUCGAUCUGCGCCGACGCCGACUUAUCGACAACACCACACGAGUGGAACAGACGGGCACUCUCAUUUCCGGCAAUCGAACUGAGAUCAAGGCCUUCAUUCGAGCAGGGCCUUGCGCCGACAUACUACAACGAUUCCCCGCGCUGACUACGACGCCACCGCCCGGAUCAAUAUACAACUCAACGGAAACGGUCGGACAGCCAACGAGUGCACGACCUCGACGACUACCACCGGAUAAGUUGGCAGCGGCACGUGCCGAAUUCGAUAUCCUACUACAACUUGGGAUCUGCCGACCAUCCCGCUCGAAUUGGGCCAGUCCGUUACACAUGGUCCCGAAACCUGAUGGUACGUGGAGACCGUGCGGCGAUUACAGGGCCUUGAACGCUCAGACGGUCCUUGAUCGAUACCCCGUACCGUACCUUCAGGAUUUUACGGCGACGCUCGCUGGAAAACGAGUCUUUGCCAAGAUCGACUUGUUGAAGGCGUUUCACCAAGUUCCGGUAAAUCCCAGCGACGUCCCGAAGACGGCCAUAAUCACCACGUUUGGACUCUUCGAAUUUCAGUUCAUGACGUUUGGACUUCGAAACGCCGCGCAGACAUUCCAGCGAAUCAUCAACGAGUUGGUGCGCGGUCUCGACUUUGUGUUUGUCUACAUAGACGACAUAUUUGUAGCGUCGACGUCUAUGGAGGAGCACCGGGCUCACCUAGAACAGCUGUUCCAGCGAUUAGAGGAGCACCACCUUCGCAUUAAUCCAACGAAAACGGAGCUCGGCAAGGAGGUGAUUUCCUUUCUCGGACAUCUAGACGACAGCCGCGGGAUUCGACCUUUACCCGAUCGAGUCGACGCUCUACGAACCUGUCCAACACCGACGACGGUCAAGGACCUUAAAAGUUUCCUGGCAACGCUUAACUUUUAUCGACGGUUCAUUCCGGACGCACUGCAAGCACAAGCGCCGCUGUUAGGAAUGAUACCAGGAAACACGCGGAACGACAAAACACCUCUCACUUGGACAACUGCGACGUCGGAAGCAUUUACUGCCUGCAAGGAGCAACUAGCGAACUGCGCUCUCCUAGCACACGCGAUCGCAUCAGCUGAGCUCUCGCUUUAG